AUGCCAAAGCUCUCGAUUGAAGAUGAGGCUCUCCGUGUUGGUAUCAACUAUCAUAUGUGUCGCCUCAAAAACGAGCCCUUUGAUCCAGAUCCAGAAGCCAUUGCCGAUUUUAUGAUUGUCCAACCACGCGAGCUCUUUUUCGAUGUGAAUACAAUUAAAAAAGCUGCUGUGUCGAAGAUGUCGGUCCAAGAGAUUCGCGCAAAGCAUAAACCAAAGUUCAAUUACGAUUUCACGAAGAUUUUGAUCGACCAGCAACCAUUCUCUCGUGGUGGAGCUCUCUACACUCGUCCACUUGGAUCAAUGCGUUAUGCUCUCGCUGUUCUUGACAAAUAUGGGGACAAUGUUUGGCUUGGAACUCUUCGCCAAAGUGCGAACAGCUCUAUUGAUGGCGAAUGGUCAGUUGCUUAUCAUGGAACAACGGAUCCGCGUGCUGCUGAAAUUGUUCGUAGCGGUGGACUUGAUUUGAAAGAGGGCAAACGUUUCCUGUUUGGACAUGGUAUCUACUGCACACCAGACCCAAAGACUGCACUCGCUUAUGCAUCGACUUAUCACUACGAUGGAAAAACCUACAAGUUGAUUGUUCAGGCUCGUGUCGAUCCAUCUCGUCGUGAAAUUGUGCCCAAGUCGAAACACGGUGUUGCCAAUCUUGAUGAUUACUGGAUUGCCAAGGAAAAUGACGCCAUUCGUCCAUACGGAAUUUGUGUCUUUCCUUGC